CCAGUGUCUCGAGCCGCGGUUCGUGCGAUCGUGUCCAGUUUCUUUUAAACAUAAAACACGAGCCAACUGUAACACCGUGUGGGACCAAACGCCGAAGAAGGGAGAAAAGAAGUGUGCAAGAAUGUAACUUGUCAAUUUUUAGCGAGGGAAGAUGUCCUCCUUUGAGAAAAAAGCUCCGAAGAAGAAGUUGUUUGGGGUCUGCGGUCUUCUAUGGUGGUCGCUCCUGCUCCAGCUAACGUCAGGAGCGUCCUUUUAUGGCGAUGGCUUUGUACAGCUGAAGGCAACAAAGUCGUCCGACCAUAACAGGCUUCGUGUUCGCUUCCGCACAUCCAGUACCAAUGGCCUGCUGUUCCUCGCCGCCAGCCAGGCCGUAUACUUUCUGCUAGAGCUUCACGCUGGUCGCCUGCAGUUGAAACUGGACCUAGGAUCUGGGGAGCAAGUAUUGCAGUCGGAAAGAAGCACACAGCUCAAUGACCUUGCCUGGCACUCUGUGGACGUCACCCAUUGGAAGAGCAAUGUGACGAUGACAGUAGACAAGAACUCUCACACAAGUGCAGAAAUCCUUGCCGCUCAUUAUGUUCUCAACAUCUUGGAUGGUCUGUUUAUUGGAGGUUCGAUUGGCCUUGACAGACCUUACCUUUCCAGAGACGCCAUUGGCUUUCGAGGCUGCAUGGAAGAUGUUGUGUUCAAUGAACAUAACCUGUUGUCAUCGCUCAGGCCUUAUACUGGAUUCAAGACUGUCCAUGAGGUGUCUUUAGGUUGUAAUCCUCAGUUUUUUGCUACUGAAGAGGAUCCAAUUAGCUUCUUUAGCUCCAGGGCCUACAUUUCUCUUCCACAGUGGAAUGGCCAGCAAGAAGCUGUGUUUGAAUGUGUUGUGCACACUUCGGCCAAAGAGGGCAUAAUCCUCUACAACUCUGCCAGAGAGGGGGACUUUGUGGCAUUGGAGAUUCAAGAAGGCUUACUUGCGGCUAUUAUUGGAAAAGGUGGUACCAAAACUGAGCUGCGUUCACAAACAUUUAUUAAUGACAGAAAGUGGCAUGCUGUCAAGGUGCGCUUCAGUUCUAAAAUGCUUGAACUAACUGUCGAUGUAGAAGUGGUGAAAAGCAGCAUUGGCUCACGCGCAAAAGGGCUGCAGUUUAAAGGCUACAUUUUCAUUGGAGGCAUUGACGACAGCACAAGAUCAGAAGUCCGAAAGGUUGGGUUGUUAUCUGUGUCAGGAAAACAUAUGCGUGGAGGCUCGUUUAAAGGAUGUCUGAAGAAUAUUGAAAUGAAUGGAGUGAAGAUGGGUCUUUCUAAUGCUGUUGUCACUAAGGAUAUUUCUGUUGGCUGUGAACCAGAGAAAGAACCAGUACCAUUAACCACUGUGAUUCCAACAAGUGCACCGGAAUCCCUGUUUUUCUUGGUGACCCCAACGCCUUCAGUACACAUGUCAACACUUGCAAGGGGCUUGGACAGAAGGUAUGGCUCAAACUUUAUGCAGUUAAAAUCCCUUAUAGUUGAAGAAGGGGGCCGAGCAUCUCUUGAAGCCAAACACAUCAAGGUACUCUUAGACUUCAAGACGCUUGGUAUUCGUCAGUCUCAGAUCAUGUUCCGAGUUCAAGAACAACCAAUGCAUGGUCAAAUAAGACUUGAUGUUGAUCAGGACCAACCUCAAAAUUCCUUCAGCAUGUUGGACCUUUGGCAUGAACGAGUCAUGUAUAUCCAUGGAGGCUCUGAAGAUCCAGAUGACUUUUUCAUGUUUUCCAUUUAUUCCAGCAGUCGGAAGGAAGUUCCAGAUUAUCUGAGGGGUAAUAAAUUAUACCGCUUCAACAUUACAGUAACACCCACCAAUGAUGCACCUGAAUUGAGUCUGCCAGAAGGAAAUCUUUUUGUCUUGUUGGAAAACUCAAAAAAACGUCUGACUACGGACAUACUGAAGGCCACAGACAUUGACAGCAACUACAGCAAUCUUGUAUUUACCGUGCUCGGGAACCUGAAUGCAGACGCCGGAUUUUUGGAAAUCGAAAACAACCCAAGAACAGCAGCGACCUCAUUCUCUCACUCAGACUUGCAAGAAUCAAGAGUAUAUUAUGUCCACACAGGGGUUAGAAACUCGAGGAUAGUGCUUAGAGUCAGUGAUGGGGAGAAGGUUAGCAACACUGUAGUGUUAAGGGUAAUGGCUGUCACACUUGUGUAUAAGAUUGCCAACAACACAGGUCUUAAUAUUAUCCAAGGAGAGAGAGCCAUAAUUACUUCAAAACAACUGUCUGUGGAAACCAAUGCUGUGAAACAAGUGAUUGACAUCCGUUAUGACAUCACAGAACAACCACAGUAUGGAGAACUCCAGAGACUUCACUCAAGUGGAGAAUGGAGGCCCACAGACUCCUUUUCUCAAAGGCUUCUAGAAAAAGAGAGACUAAGGUAUGUUAGCACUUUUCAGGAGAUCCAGACAUCCAAUGCCACUGACUAUUUUAAAUGUAAGGUCCAUGUUGCCUCAAGGGCAGUGACAGAAAUACUUUUCCCAAUCACUGUGAAGUGGGUGAGGUACAGUUUGAUGAAGAAUGUAGUGAUGAACCUGGAUAAAGUCAGAAAAGUGACACUUGACUCAGAGUAUCUCUUUGCCACGGCUGAGGGUGUGACUCUAUCAGAGGAGGAUCUCUAUUUUAGGGUUCUCACCACACCAAAAAAAGGAAAACUUUUACUGGCCACCACAAUCAUGACAAAGAACUCAACAUUUAGUCAAAAAGAUGUCACAAAUUUCAAAGUCCAUUAUGAACUUGUUGACCGACCUCACGAAGACACGCAUGACAGGUUUAAAUUUCACAUGUUUUCCAGCCAUGCUCAGUCUCAGAACUAUGAUUUCCAGUUUUCAAUUAAAGCGGAUGUCAACAGUGUUUUUAUCAAGAAUGGUGGACUAGUUCUUCAGGAAGGAGAAAGUAAAUUGAUCACAAAAACCAAACUGUUUGCAGAAACGUUGCUUACACAGGAUAUGUACUACACUUUGAUAAGCAGUCCCAAACAUGGAAAGCUAGUUCGCAUCAAUCGUUCAAAUUCAAAUUCUAGCUACAGCAACAUCUUAACCUUCAGUAAUCAUGAUCUCUUAGAGGACCGGAUAAUGUACAUCCACGAUGACAGUGAAACAAGCCAUGAUGAGUUCACUUUUAUUGCCUCAACCACCCAAGGUUUCAAAUCUUUCAUUGCAGAGGAUGAAAAUGGGUCCAAAGAAGGAACGUUCAACAUAACUAUUCAGCUUGUCAAUGAUCAAAAACCAGUACGUGUCAUUGAUAAACUUUUCAAUGUAGUGAAAGACGGACAGAGGCUGCUCACUGCUGAAGAUUUGCGUUACCAUGAUCCAGAUUCAGAUUUUGAAGACAACCAGUUGAUUUACAUCCGCCGUGGAAUCCCCAUGGGAGAUUUAGUGCUGGUUAAUGACACGAGUCAUCGACUUUUUGAGUUUCGCCAAAAGGAUUUAGAAGAAAAGCAAGUCUUGUUCAUUCACAAAGGCGUAGGAGUUGGCAGGUUUGUGCUCUUUGUUUCUGAUGGUAAAAACUUUGUCACAAGUCUUUUAGACAUCAGUGCACAGGACCCUUUUCUGAAAGCUGACAGUAACACUGGUUUACUGGUGCAGAAAGGACAAUCAGUUACCUUUUCCCAAGCAAAUUUUAGUCUCCUAACAAAUCUGGACAUCAGAAAUGACCAAGACAUCAAAUUUAAGUUGAAUGCGACUCCAAAGUACGGCACACUCUAUCAACAAGGAAUAGAGGUGGAAUCGUUCACACAGUCUGACCUCAAGAAUGGGAUCAUCUCUUAUCAACAUGACGACAGCAAACAUCUGGCUGACCAUUUCAACUUGACUAUUACGGCUAAACACAUGCAACUUGCUGCAAGGAUCAAUGUGAAGGUUUACCUGGAGAGUCAUCAGAGACCGCCUAUUGUGCAACAUCACAACAUCUUACUGGUAGAGGAAGGAAAACCAGUCAAGAUUGAUGAUUCCAAACUAGAGGUCACACAUGAGGACAAUGUACCAUCUGAGAUCGUAUUCACAGUCAAGGUGGGCCCCUAUCAUGGCUAUCUACGAUGUUUUGUGGAAGAAGAAGAAGGUUACAUUGGAACCAAAGAGUCACCUAUCAAGACAUUUUCCCAAAAUGACAUUAACAGUGGGAACAUCCAGUACGUGCAGGUGGAGCCCAACAAAGUCAACGACACAUUUGUCCUAGAUGCCACCAAUGGGGUCACUGACGUCGGCGAUAUUAGCAUGUCGGUUGAUAUCAUACCUCGCCUCAUCCCACUUCAGGUCUCCAAUUUCAUUGUGGAUGAGGGUGGAUACAAGGCCCUGACACAGGAAGUUUUUAAAGUCACCAGCCGACACUUUGCAGGAAUCAACUUCUUGUUCAAUGUUACUGAGCCCGCGCAGCACGGUCACAUUGAGCACUCUCGGCACCCUGGUGUGCCCAUAACAUCUUUUACCAGGAGACAGGUGGAGCACGAGUUGAUCUACUACGUACAUGACAGCAGCGAAACGUUAGCGGACAGCUUCACUGUGGUGGCCAAUGACACAGACCUGAGGAAGCAGAGCGGGGCUCAGACGGUGUUCAUCCAAGUUGCAGCUGUCAAUGACGAGCCCCCUGUUAUUACGGCCAACAGGGUCCUUAGGGUUUGGGUAUCCUCAGUGACAGAGAUCGGCCUGGAAGACUUAAGGGCGAUGGACCUAGACACUCCCUCCGAGGAGCUCCACUUCAUGGUGACGCCCCCUAGCAAUGGACACUUGGCCGUGAAGAAUGCUCCCAUGAAAGCAGUGCUCAAUUUCACCCAGGCCCACAUAGACCAGGGCCAGCUGCUGUUUGUGCACAAGGGUGCCAUGUCUGGAGGGUUCAAUUUCCAGGUUAACGACGGUGUGAAUUUUACUCCAAGACAGAUCUUCAGCAUCACCGCAAGAGCAUUGGUUCUCAGUUUGCAGAGAAAUCGUCCUCUCAAGGUGUUUCCAGGCUCUUCAAGGGCAAUUUCCAGUAAUGAACUACAAGUAGUGACCAACGACGUCAGUGAUAUCUUUAACCGCACAAUUACAUUCAGUGUGACACGGCAUCCUAAACUGGGACGCUUGGUAAGGAAGCAUCCUGAUAAUUCCACAGUUGACAUCUCCAUGUUCACGCAGGACAUGCUGAAUCGGAAAGAAGUUUUGUACAUUCAAAGCCCGAUUGAGUCAGUGGGAUGGGAAGCCAUAGAUUCACUGACAUUCUCUGUGGCAUCACCACCUUCGUCUCUGGAGAGUGAGACCUUCAAAAUGUAUAUCUCUUAUGAGAAUACAGGACCUGAACACAACACAGUUCUUUUGGCAAACACAGGUGGCAGAGUGACAGAAGGUGAGAGUGUCAUUAUUGACGAGUCCAAGCUUGAUGCCACGAACCUGAUGUCGAAGCUGCCAACGUCACAGAGGAGCUCCCAUGAGGUCUGGUUCCAGCUGACAUCGCUGCCGCGACACGGUGUCAUCGUAGUCGGUGAACGAAACCUCACGAAAGAGAAGCCCAAUUUUUCCCAGUUCAUCGUCAACAAAUACGGCAUCACCUACAAGCAUGAUAACUCGGAGACAACCAAGGAUUCCUUUGUCUUCAGCGCAUGGGUAAACCCAAAGGGCAAAACAGCUCAACGGCCUUUAGAUGACAGCGAUGUUGUUGAGGAGUCAUUCAACAUUACGAUCGUGCCUGUGAAUGAUCAGCCUCCUGUGUUGAAGACUAAAGCUCCGAGUCUGACUGUGGUACAAGGAGAUACAGUAGCCAUCAAGCCGGAGAACCUGAAAGUAGAAGACUUGGACAAUCUACCUGAUGAUAUUGUCUUCUCGGUAAUUAGCAAGCCAAACAAUGGUUACCUUUCUCUUGCUGGAAAACUGAAUGAGUCGAUUGCAGCCUUCACCCAAGCCCAGAUCAAUAACGGAAGCGUUUAUUUCAUUCAUGAUGGCAGCCCUACUUCCGGUGUGUUCUACUUUAGUGUCACAGAUGGCCACCAUAAACCCAUAUACAAACUCUUCAACCUAGAUGUGACAAAAAUCACUAUCUCACUGGUCAAUCACACGGGGCUAACACUUGAGCAGGGAAGCACAGCGGUUUGGCUUCUUCAAGACAAUCUCGCUGCCAAGACAAACGGGAGGAACGCCACUAUUCACUACCAAAUUACAAGGCCGCCAAACUUUGGCAAACUUCUCCUGGACAAUCUUGAGGUGUCACAGUUUGAUCAGGAAGAUGUCCAGACUGGACGGCUCGCUUACCACAUGACCAAUCUUUCUUCUGCAGAAGACAGCUUUGAGUUCACCACCUUCACUUCCGAGGGGAAUCUGAGUGCACAGGUGCUAAACAUCACUGUCACACCUCUGAUCCGGGUUGGCAAAAGUGUGAGGGCACCCUGUGGGAUUGCCUUAAAACUUAACUCCGCUACCCUUGAUGCUUCCAAACUGGCUGAUAUUUGUAGUUGUGAUCCUGUAUUUGAAAUUAUCUCCCACCCAAAUUACGGGAAAGUGGUUCGACCAAAGACAAAAAAAUCCCGUAAAUUUGAAACUAUUGAGUCUUUCACUUUCCAGGAUGUCACACAAGAGAAGAUAGCCUUGGAGUUGAAUGCCAACAUGACUGGACUUCAAGAGUUAAAUGACUCAAUGGCGUUUCUGCUAAAAGCUGAAAACAUUCAACCUGCUAAAGGCGAGUUCCAUUUUACCAUUGUCCCGUAUGAUCCUGUGGAUCUUCCAACCACAAAGAGUCCUGUGCUGACCACAUCAUCUCCCUCAAUGACAACAAUUCGGACUUCUAGAAAUGGAACAACUUCACCAGAGUGGUCCACAGCUGUCAUUUACACCCAGCAACCAAGCAAAAACCAACAAAGAUUCAAAGGACGCAACCGCUGGGGGAAGUCCAACAGAACAAGCAUUUUCACAACAACUCUUGGCAAACCGACAACCGGAACGGAUAAUUUUCCCUUCAUGAACACACCCGUUCGCGUGGAGUCUUACCCACAGAAGAGCUCCAAACCUCUACUGGUGAUUUUACCACUGCUCGCUCUUCUGCUGCUUGUCAUGAUCUUUGUGGUGCUGGUUGUUUUUCUUCGACACCACAGGCGACGGAAGCAGAGAACCGGUACGCCAAAUGAGCCCCCCCUUGCUGGUCUUUCAACCACCCAUCCACACCUGGGCCAAACCCAGAGAAGCACCACCGUCCCCACAGUCACCGUCACCCCACUGAACCCCACCGACACAAGUAGCCCCGCACUCAGUCGCUUACUGGUUCAGAACCAGCGGCCACUCAAUACCAACGCAGUUGAUUCCAACAUUCUCAUAAGCUCUUGGAAUAGUGCUUCUCCCAACACAUCUUUGCAAAUGAUCCAGACUCCCACACUUCAGAGGAAUCAAUAUUGGGUUUGAGCCUAAACAGUUGCCACAAAGUGAGAAGCAUGAAACUGUCCAAAAAUGUCUUGCUAACAUGGAAUAAUUGAGAUUCAAUGGGAGUUGAUUCAUUAUACAGAUAAUUUCUAAGAUAAAAACAUUUUUUUUUUAUGCAAGCAACCAGUGAAAUAUUAAAUUUUUGCUUAUUAGACACCACUCUUGGUUUUAGUCUGUCUUGCUGCUGACAUCUCUUUUUACACAGUGGUACACUUUUACAGUACAUUCUGUGCUUCACCAGAGGGUGCUGUUGUUGCUACUGACCACUGUAAUGAUUGAUAAAGAAUACAAUCACUUCGACCAGAUAGCGAUCAUCAUUAAGGCAAGCAACCUAAUUUUGGUGCCUGACAUUAAUGGUUUUUAAACAUUGCGAUCUAGAUUGACAUAUUUUAUCAAUUUUAUUAUUUUUUCCUCAAAUGUUUAUUUUUCAUUUACAACAUUUUAUCUUUAUGAUAGUUGCAAGUGGGCCACCAUGAAAUUAUAUUUUAAGAAUAUAUUUUUAUAAGCCUGAUGACACUGGAUAAAAAGUUAGCACUGGUAAUAUCAUACAGAACUUUUACUGCAUACUCGUUUUAGAUUUACCCUAAGCCUAAGUAAGGCCCCUUCUGCACUAAGGUUAUACAGGGUAUAUCCCACCUAACCUUGUCCUUGUCCACACACACACACAAUGCCACCGUUUAAGACCCCCUCCCCCUCCGUCCGCCGGCGCAAAGCGGGAAAAAAAUGCACACGCCAGUCACCUCUGACCUGGAAGUGUACUCUUACCCUGUGUUUCAAUGUAGUCUAUUGCCACAUUUCUUUUAACAGUAAACCUUGUUUGCCUUCACCAUCAGCAGCUGUUAAACUGGCCCUAUUGUAGAGAAUCACACCUGAGCUAUCAUACAUAAAUCAUAUCUUUAACGGAUGUAUGAAAGUAAACAAUGUGAUAAAAAACAUUUUACAACAAUCAAUCUAGGGGUCCAGUUUUCUGGUCAGGACACUGUGCUUGUAGGCUGAAAUUGGCGGUCGUACUUGACGGCCGCAACCACUUCAUGGCUUCACAAUAGUUAUGGAGUACAAAACUAAAUGUUGAGUAAUCGCUCGACAUACAUCGCAGACAAUAACUUAUAAUAGUCUGCUUUGCCGGUGCAAAUGCAUUCGCUGUUUUCCGUAGUCUUCCCUCGUCCACGGGAGCCCGCAUUCUCGUUGUCUCACCUUCGACAAAUGGACAAAGUUUUUAACUAAGUAGAAUCACAGCUGAGCUGGACACUCGAAAGUUCUCUUGCCGUUCCGCUGGCACAACACACUCGUUGACAAACAUAUUCCACCAGUCUGCCGUUCUUCCAGGCCUUAUCCAAAACCGUCGCUCAACAUUGCUAUGUUGCCGUCUGAGAUUUGUUGUCUGAAAUAGCUGCAAUCGCACGUUAAGGUAUUCAUGUGUGAUUUCCACAAGUGUCUGUACAUGUGGAAGAAGGAGAAACACGGGCAUGUCUGGAUGACUCGCCUCCAUCUUUUCAGUUGUUACCUCCGAGUUACGAUACCGCUUGUUAUGAAGCUGGCUGUGGCGCGUCUUUCUGGCGUCACUUCCUCUCCGAACUCAGUUUGUAAAAGAUCGAUGAGUCCAUACAAAGCUAAGAGAUUCAAGAAAUACACGGCGCACUUACCCGUGUAAGUAAGGAAGUAAGUACAUUUUAUUUAUUAAGCGCUUUCCACAGAUAAAAUCACAAAACUCUGUACAAAACAUAGGUGAAGUAAAACAACAGGGGCAGUAUCAUAAAAAAGAUACAAAGUGGAUUCAAAUUGAUGGUUAAAAGGUGCAUUAAAAAAAGCUUUACUAAAAAGAGAAGUUUUCAAAUGUUUCUUAAAAGUUUCAACACAGUCAAGAUCACGGAGGGACUGGUGCAAAUUGUUCCAGAGUCUGGGAGCUAUAGCCUGGAAUGCCAGGUCUCCACAGGUUUUAAAAAGAGUUUUUGGGAUCUUUAGAAGACCCUGGCCUGAAGACCGGAGGCUGCAUGCACCCUGAAUAAAAAGUCAGUGAUGUACUGAGGGGCCCCACCAUGCAAGGCACGGAAUGUCAGGACUGAAAUCUUAAACUCAAUGCGGAAUUUGACUGGAAGCCAAUGAAGACUGGAUAAAAUGGGGGUAAUAUGGGCUGUUCUGGGUGCACCGGUCAAAAGUCUUGCAGCCGCAUUUUGUACAGUCUGAAGUCUCUUUAGCGUUGAUUUGUUGAAAAGACUGAAAAGAGAAUUGCAAUAGUCAAUGCGAGACAAAAUGAACGUGAGAAUGAUCAUUUCGAGAUCCAAUUUUGACAACAAAUUUCUCACUUUAGAAAUAUUUCUGAGAUGAUAAAAACAGUUUUUUGUCAAUUGACCGCAGUGAACCUCUAAAGACCUUGACUGAUCAAAAACAACCCCAAGGUUUCUGAAGCUGCUUUUAACAGAUUCACCCAGAGCUACAAGGGAGUUCUUGAUCAGGGGGUUCUUUUUAUCGGGAGCAAUUAUCAGAGUUUCCAUUUUGUUAGAAUUUAUUUAGAGGACAUUUGAAAAAAAUAGUAAAAAAAUAUCCAAGAAAGGGAACCUUAAACGAUGGGUUACUGUGGCUGACACGGGGCUUAGGCUAAAUAAUUAUUUGUUCAAGGAGUUAUAAGGCUUAAUGUAGACAGGGCCUUAUUCUUAAGGGAGUUCGUCAUUAACAUGAGCGUUGGUCGUCUAUUUGAGCAGAGAUGAUUAUUAUACACAGAUUAUUAAAGGGUGUGCUAACUUGGGUUGUUUGAAUAUUAUGGAAAAGCUGCUGUCAAUGGAAGACUGAAACUGCUGUUAAAGAAAACCACUGCUUGAUAUUUUUGAUACUGAACUGAUUAAGAUCAUUUAUCCAAUGUAUUCUAGUACUAAUGUAACAUAUUAUUUCAAAUGCCAUGUAUUAUUUACACCAUAUUUUUAUUAAACCAGUUGAAAAUGUAUGCAAGGUUUAUGGAAUCACAUUCCUUCCAUUGUAACUAAGUAAAUAUUUUGCUUGGCUUCAACAUAGUUGACUUUUUUUGGUACAAAUAAAACACGUAUUAUUAUGGUUUGUAGUAGUGUAUAACUGCACUGCAUUACACUGGCAACUGUUUCUUAUAUACAGUAGCUGGGAAAAGUAUUGAUACCCCUUGAACUUAUUUGCGUUUUUUCACAUUAACGGCCUACUGAAAUGAAAUUUGUUUUAUUUAAACGGGGAUAGCAGAUCCAUUCUAUGUGUCAUACUUGAUCAUUUCGCGAUAUUGCCAUAUUUUUGCUGAGAGGAUUUAGUAGAGAACAUCGACGAUAAAGUUUGCAACUUUUGGUCGCUGAUAAAAAAAGCUUUGCUUGUACCGGAAGUAGCGUGACGUCGCAGGUUGAAAGGCUCCUCACAUUUCCCCAUUGUUUACACCAGCAGCGAGAGCGAUUCGGACCGAGAAAGCGACGAUUACCCCAUUAAUUUGAGCCAGGAUGAAAGAUUUGUGGAUGAGGAACGUGAGAGUGAGGGACUAGAGUGCAGUGCAGGACGUAUCUUUUUUCGCUCUGACCGUAACUUAGGUAAGAGGGCUCAUUGGAUUCCACACUUUCUCCUUUUUCUAUUGUGGAUCACGGAUUUGUAUUUUAAACCACCUCGGAUACUAUAUGCUCUUGAAAAUGAGAGUCGAGAACGCGAAAUGGACAUUCACUGUGACUUUUAUCUCCACAACAAUACAUCGGCGAAGCACUUUAGCUACAGAGCUAACGUGAUAGCAUCGGGCUUAACUGCAGAUAGAAACAAAAGAAAUAAACCCCUGACUGGAAGGAUAGACAGAAAAUCAACAAUACUAUUAAACCACGGACCUGUAACUACACUGUUAAUGCUUUCCACCCUGGCGAAGCUUAACAAUGCUGUUGCUAACGACGCCAUUGAAGCUAACUUAGCUACGGGACCUCGUCAGAGCUAUGAUAAAAACAUUAGCGCUCCACCUACGCCAGCCCUCAUCUGCUCAUCAACACCCGUGCUCACCUGCGUUCCAGCGAUCGACGGAGCGACGAAGGACUUCACCCGAUCAUCGAUGCGGUCGGCGGCUAGCGUCGGAUAGCGCGUCUGCUAUCCAAGUCAAAGUCCUCCUGGUUAUGUUGCUGCAGACAGCCGCUAAUACACCGAUCCCACCUACAGCUUUCUUCUUUGCAUUCUUCAUUGCUCAUUAAACAAAUUGCAAAAGAUUCACCAACACAGAUGUCCAGAAUACUGUGGAAUUUUGCGAUGAAAACAGAGCUUUUUGUAUUGGAUACAAUGGUGUCCGAAUACUUCCGUUUCAACCAUUGACGUCGCGCGCAUACGUCAUCAUACAUACACGUUUUCAACCGGAAGUUUCGCGGGAAAUUUAAAAUUGUACUUUAUAAGUUAACCCGGCCGUAUUGGCAUGUGUUGCAAUGUUAAGAUUUCAUCAUUGAUGUAUAAACUAUCAGACUGCGUGGUCGGUAGUAGUGGGUUUCAGUAGGCCUUUAAGAUUACAAACAGAACAAAAUU